CUACAAUUUUCUCAUAUAUUCAUAGGCCUGAAAAAAAAUUGUGCUGAAAUUUACAAAGCUGGGGAAAGAAGAGAUGGUAUGUACACCAUAAAACCUGAUAACUUACUUGCCUUUGAUGUAUUCUGUGACCAAACAACGGAGGGUGGAGGAUGGACUGUGUUCCAGAGGAGACUGGACGGCUCGGUUGAUUUCUACCGCCUCUGGAACGACUACAAACAUGGCUUUGGUGACCUAUGUGGUGAGUUUUGGCUCGGAUUGGACAAGAUUCACCGCCUAACCUCUGGCGUUAACAAUGUGCUGCGUGUAGACUUGGGAGACUUUGAAGGAAAAAAUACUUAUGCUGAGUAUGAAAGGUUUGGUGUUAUGGGUGAGAAUGACAAGUACAAGCUGAUCCUUGGUUCUUAUUCAGGUAGAACUGUCAUUUCGUCUCUUCUAUCUAGUCAUGCUAAGAACGGGAGGGGGGGGAGGAGAGUACUAAGUGACGUAAAUAUGCUUAAACUCUUUUACAUCAAUAGCUUUGGAAGACAAAAAAGUAACCUCAGCUCAUCGAUAUGCAAUCCUGGACAGCGCAUAGGUAUUCGCCGGUGGAUGAUGCGCAGUUAACCUGACGAACUAAUCCAACUCUGAGGACUGUCUCGGCGAAUAUAUUUAUUGUAAUUAUCAUAUUGAGCAUUUUAAUCCCUAGAAUCUUCGACAAGAAUAAUAGAUAUUACUAAGAAUGCUUUUAAUCCAUAUCAUUAUUGUUGAAGUAUACUUAUCUGACAUUUCAAGAUUUGUUCUGUCUUAUGAACGGCUCAUUGUUGGUCAAACGUAAUACUCAUAGUGCGGCUCAUUUUGUCAGGAAAUUCUGGUGACUCUCUUACCGAACAUCGCGGUAAGCCAUUCACUACUAAAGAUCAAGAUAAUAACGAUUUGGCGACCGAAUGCGCCAUUAAGUACAAAGGAGCCUGGUGGUACUCGAGGUGUCACCGAUCAAAUCUCAAUGGCUUGUAUCGUCGUGGAAAUCACUCCUCCUAUGCUGAUGGAGUGAACUGGAAAGACUGGAAAGGUUAUCAUUACUCCCUAAAGAGAACCGAGAUGAAAAUUAGACCAGUGGGUUUCUGA